GGCUUAAUCCAGAGAAUGACAGAUAGGGCACCAGCUGUUCAUACUGUAUCAGCCCCUUCCCCUUUCCCUGGAUUAACAAGGACAUAUUUUUGUCUAACACAUUUGAAAUUUUUACUUUUAACAGAAAUUAGCAGAGUACGGAAAGACAUGUACAAUGACACAUUAAAUGGGAGCACGGAGAAAAGGAGUGCAGAACUGCCUGAUGCUGUGGGACCUGUUGUUCAGUUACAAGAGAAGCUUUAUGUGCCUGUAAAAGAGUACCCAGAUUUUAAUUUUGUUGGGAGAAUCCUUGGACCUAGAGGACUUACAGCUAAACAACUUGAAGCAGAAACAGGAUGUAAAAUAAUGGUCCGAGGCAAAGGCUCAAUGAGGGAUAAAAAGAAGGAGGAGCAAAACAGAGGCAAGCCUAAUUGGGAGCAUCUAAAUGAAGAUUUACAUGUACUAAUCACUGUGGAAGAUGCUCAGAACAGAGCAGAAAUCAAGCUGAAGAGAGCAGUUGAAGAAGUGAAGAAGUUACUGGUACCUGCAGCCGAAGGAGAAGACAGCCUGAAGAAGAUGCAGCUGAUGGAGCUUGCGAUUUUGAAUGGCACCUACAGAGACGCCAACAUUAAAUCACCAGCCCUUGCCUUUUCUCUUGCAGCAACUGCCCAGGCUGCUCCAAGGAUCAUCACUGGGCCUGCGCCUGUCCUCCCACCAGCUGCUCUGCGUACACCUACGCCAGCUGGCCCUACCAUAAUGCCUUUGAUCAGACAAAUACAGACCGCUGUCAUGCCAAACGGAACUCCUCACCCAACUGCUGCAAUAGUCCCUCCGGGGCCUGAAGCUGGGUUAAUCUACACACCCUAUGAAUACCCCUACACGUUGGCACCAGCUACAUCAAUCCUUGAGUACCCCAUUGAACCCAGUGGUGUGUUAGGUGCGGUGGCUACUAAAGUUCGAAGGCACGAUAUGCGUGUCCAUCCUUACCAAAGGAUUGUGACCGCAGACCGAGCCGCCACCGGCAACUAACCUAUGACCUUCUGACCUCUGAACUCUUCACCCAAUGAUGACCUGACCAUGCCUGCCUGCUGAUCAGUUAACUGGUAAUCGCCUUUGCUUGCCUGUCGUCAGUGCAGCGAGCUGAGGCACUUGUCCGUUCGUCUUACCAUCUAACCAAACAAAAGACAAAGAAAUUGUCCUCCAACUCUGCUUUUCCCCCCUGUUUGGGUGAAAGUGGUUCUAGAACCUGCACUGAAUAGUAGUAAAGCAAUAAGGCCCGAUUCAUCCCACAGCACUGAUCAUCUUUCAAUGCCCACCCCAAGCGAACGGUAAGAAGGCCUCUCUUAAGAUGGGGAGACAGAUGGCCCUAACUACUCAAUGACAGAGGCAGUUACUGUGAGAGACUUGUAGGACUCUUUUUCUUCUCAUAGCAAAGUCAAAGCUCUCUCUCUGAAUGUACUGUGUGACAAUGCAUCAUGCAUGAACCUUCGGUCAGGGAUGUCAUUGGUGAAGUGACUUCAAAAGUAUUCAAAAUUUGACAUGCUGUUUGUUUAGUCACUACAGUGCCCUCAAAGGGCAGACAUUGCAGCCUUUUUAUAUUGCCUGCCAAAAUUUGAAGUAUUAGAACAAAGUGUGCCAUGAGAGAAAAACUUAACAAGGAGUUUUGAAAAGUAAUACAAAGAACAAAACUGCAACACUAUUUUUAAAAAGUUGAGUAUCUUAGUUAAUUUCCAAAUCUUUAUUUUACACCACCUUAAAAAUUAUUCGAGAACAAGGUACAUGCAUUAUGUGUCACAUUACUGGGCAAACUGUUCAAAUAUUUUUUUUAAACCUCCCUGUAUAGAAAAUAUCAUUAAGGAUGUAAAAGCCAUGCUUGCCUAUUUGCUGUAUACAUGUAAUGAAAUUGUAGAUAACGUGUAGUGCAUUGAAACAAAUGAACAAAAAGUAGAUACUUUUACUAUACAAGGGUGCUGGUGCAGAAAAAAUAUAUAUAUUUUUGGAAAUGUAGCAUUUUAUACUUUCAAGUGUUAUAAAAAAAGAAAAAGAACAAAGAAACCCUUUAUUUCAUUAAAUGAUUUUUUCUGGUGGUUGUCAAGAAACAAAAGACCAAAAGAGCCUUUUUGUCUUUGUUUUUUAUUUUUUAAGUAUUGGAAUAAGUCUAAAGAAAAAGAAAGUGCCUUAUUUUCCUUCAUGGUCAUUUAGUCAAGUGUCCUGCAAGAGCAGCUCCUCCCUCAGAGUAAAAGUUAGUGCAUGUCCUCCAUCGCCCAGUAUGUGAAAGGAGAUACGAGGGGAAACAUAUGAGUUGAUGGUCUAAAUUAUAUGAUUUGUGUCACGUUCUCUUGAUGCCAGUUUGCCAAAUCUGAUACUGUGAAAAAAAAAAUGUAAUAGCUUUUCUAAUGUCUGACUAGUAAAUUUAAAAUGUCAUUCUCUUACAAAUCAUAAUUGAGUUUUUUUGGUUAUUACCGUCUUCAGUGUUAGCCCAGAGGAUUCUGAGGUUAGAAAAAAUUAUGUGAGAUCUGAAUAUUAGUUUACAGAUGACAUUAGAGCUUUAAUUUUUUCAGAGAAGAGGGAUACGUUUAAUUUUUUUCUUAAUAAUUGGAGAUAGUUUUAAUGCCUAACAAACUUUUUCACAAAAUAAAUCAUCAAAAUCCUUUAUUGUGAAAAAAGUGUUAAGUAACCCAAAUUUAAUCAGACUUUAUGUCAUACCAGAUACCUUGUGUAGUCCAUCUCUGCUGGCUUUAGUAACUGUUUGUAAACACCUUUUUGUCCUCUUUUUAACUUUAAAGGAAUGUGGGAAUCUAGCAUCACAGUGCAUAUAAACACUCAGCUACAUUCCUUUCAUCCUCAGUUUCUCACAAAGUUCCAACAGUUCUCUAGUUGAAGCAGUUUGUGUGCAAAGCCUAAAUACUUGAGUUCAUAAAUUUAAUUGCUCAGUACCAGAGGUGGCAAAUCUCAUGUGAUAGUGGACUCCUGGCUCAUCAACUCAUGCCCUCUUCCACACCUUCAUGGCUUCACAGUCAAGGUCAGCAGGAAGCUCAUUGGGCACCUUCAUGGUGACCUCGCCAUUAUUCUGUCUCUCUUGGAACCAUUUUCAGUUUAUUUACUAUGCAAUAGACAGUCGUUGUUUGUACUCAGCUAGCUUUGGUUUAAUGACCACGGCUUUGUCUUUCUGUUACACACGUGGUGAUUCUGAUUUAUUUACAAUAUAUGCUGUGCCAUUUUGAUUUUUAUUUUGUUUGGUUGGUUGAAUAAAUUUGCGACACUCAGAACACUUGAGGUGAUAGUUUAAAAAAAAAAACAGUACCAGUAUUUGAUCCAGUCUCAUCUCAGCCGUGUUAUACCUGGACAUUUUAGAUGUUUAUCAAAGGUCUUUUAUGGGGAAGAAAGUAAAUCUGUAAACAGUAGACGUGUGACGUUUAUGAGUAACGCUGGCUCUGAACAAACUUCUGAAAACUUAGUUGACAAUGUUUUGUGUCAACUGAUAAAAGCAUGACUUUUGGAAUCUCUGAAUGCCUUGGUUCUCAGUAUUAUCACUCUAUUGAAUUUUUUUCUUAUUAAAAUAUGUAGUUUUUAAGACUUUUUUCCUGACAGUAUUAUGUAAUUUUUUAGCGUGGGUAGAUGGGAGUGUCGCUGGUAUGUUACCAUACAGCUGACAUGUAUUUUUUGUCUAUUCUUUAUUAUCUUAGUAGUUUCAUGCUAUGUAUGUACCAUAACCAACCUAUUGCCUAUGAGAAACAUGUAAGAUAAUGUAUUUACAGCCAUUGUUACAAGUUUAUAAUGUAUUUUUCUAUCUUGUUUUAUAUGUAUGUUAUAUAACAUUCAGAAGAAUUUUUUUCUUGAUUGAGAAAAGGAUACAAAAUGCAAAAUCCACAAUUUUGAUAACUGAAAAUUGCCAAUUGUUUUGCAGUACUUUAUUAUAUUGGGUGUCUUGUCUUUCUUGGGCUUUUAGUUAGCUGAUGAAUGAAUACAUUAGACACUUCUGGGUUUUAGUUGGGAUUUUACAUAGCUUGCAUUUUAAUUCUUUUGUUCUUUGCUGUUUCUAUUAACCCAUAGCAUUAUUUUAAUAAAUGUUAUAAUACCAACCUACUAACUCUGGACUAUGUCUGUUUAUUAACCUUUACAUGUUUAAUGAAAAAAAAAAAGAUAAAUAAAGUCUCAAGUUCCUGGACUAACGUUGAAGAACAUGACCACAGAUAACAUAGGGUGACUUGUUUUCUGUGUUGUCUGUCAGCUGACAGUUGUGCACACUACUGCUAGAAGCUUUUGGGUGUUCUGGCCUUUUACCUCGGAGGGUAGGUGCAGUAGAUGGGAACAAAGUGGUAUCUGUUUGAGUCGUUCUCAUUAUGGCACUGGCCUUUCUGCAUCUACAUUACUAAUUGCACACUUUUAUUUUUCCUGCUCUACCAUAAUCCCUGUCUGCUGACAACACAAAGAGUAAACAAAGGUUUGCCUUGAUGAUCACCUUGAGAAACCAGUCUGAUUCCUUGUUGAACCAUUUCUACGAACAGGUCAUUUUCAGUCCCUUCAUAAUUUAAUAUUUUCCCUGUGUUGUUUAGCCAGCUGCUUUUAUUAAAGCUAGUCUGUUUCUCUGGGCAGUGCUGCCAGUCUUGUCCACCCCCUCCCACCCCCACCUUCAGUGUGUUAUGGAUCUCUCUCAGGUGGCUUUCCUCUUAGUCACUUUCAGAACAGCCUAGACAACUACACAAGAGGUGCAGUAGAAGCGAACACUGUAAUCUGACAUGUGUUGUUCAUUUCUAGCAUAGACAUACAUUUAGGAUUAUUUCCCUAUCCCGUGCUCCACUUGGGUUUGUUCUGUGUAGAAGGACCUCUGAGUAUAACUUCUUUUAACAUUUCAGUCUGUAUGUUGUUCACAAAUUUAUAAUUUCUUGCAUGAAAAAAAUCCUUUAACAUUUAAAAGAAUGAGUUUUGAUUUUAUAUAUUAUGCUUUACAUUUUGAAAUUAUAUUUUAGAGUCCUUAAAAUUAGGAGCUGAAUUAUAGGAUAACUUUGUGUGAAAGCAUACUGUUAAAAUAUUUGUACAUAUGUGAAGCUUAGAAUAGCAAGACUAGUUUAAUAAAACCAUUGA